AUAUGUCAGAUGAAUUUUUCCAAUCAAAAAUAGAUAAUUUAGAAAUGAAUAAAGUAAAAGAAAAUUAUACAAGUAGCAGAUUAUUUACAAGUAAAAUUCAUCAAUUUGGUGAAAAUCUACCUGAACCUAGAAAUGCAACAGAAGAAGAACAAGAAGCAUUUCGUAGUAAAUCGUAUGAUUUUAGCAUUCCUGAUAAUAUUAAUGAUUUUAACGGAUCAAAUAAGCAGAAUAGUAAUAAAUCAUCAAAAGUAAUCAAUUUUUUUAAAGAUGAUGGCGAAAAAUUACCUGAAGAAUUUAGAAAAUUGCAGAUAUAUUCGAAUGAUGAUGAAAAAGAAAUAGUUCAAAAACAAACAAAAAUUCAAAAUAUUAAUAUCGAUGAUGAUGAUGACGACACACAUAAUAAUCCAAGCCUUCAUUCAAAUGAACAAGAUGAACUGGAAAUUCCUGAUGACGGAUUUUAAAUUGAAAUCAAACUAACAACUAAAUAUUUUAUAUUU